UCUGCCGAGGAGGAGGAGAGGAGGAGAGAGGAGAGAGGAGAGAGGAGCUCCGCCAGCGGACCAGGGAGAGAGCGUGGUGAGGAAUCCCAGCAGCCCCCGGAGAGUCAGAGCCGGACCGGCUGGACCCCCCCUCCUCCUCCCCCCGCCCCCGGAGGAGGACCCGAGAGAGACCCACGUUGCCACGGGAGAGGCCUCGGUUCAGGGCUGCAGCAUGUUUACUUCUGUGAAGGCCUUCGAGGGGCAGCAGUACUCCACCCUGAAGAGGCAGUGCUUGCAGAGUGGCCUGCUCUUUGAGGAUCCCCGCUUCCCAGCCAUUGACGACUCGCUCUUUUGCCAGGGCAACAGGAUCGGACGCGUCGUCUGGAAGAGGCCUCGGGAGCUGUGUGAAGACCCUCACCUGUUUGUAGAUGGCAUCAGUGCACAUGAUUUACAUCAGGGGCAGCUGGGUAACUGCUGGUUCGUGGCCGCGUGCUCCAGUCUGGCCUCCAGAGAGUCUUUGUGGCAAAAAGUCAUCCCAGACUGGAAGGAGCAAGAGUGGGACACAGAAAAACCAGAAUCCUACGCCGGGAUUUUCCACUUCCGCUUUUGGCGCUUCGGUGAGUGGGUGGACGUGGUGAUCGACGACCGGCUACCGACGGUGGACAACCAGUUGGUUUACUGCCACUCCAACGACAGCAACGAGUUCUGGAGCGCCCUGGUGGAGAAGGCCUACGCCAAGGUUUAUGGCUGCUACGAGGCGCUGGAUGGGGGAAACACGGCUGAUGCGUUGGUGGACUUCACCGGUGGUGUUUCAGAGCCUGUGGACCUGUUGGAGGGUCAGAUGGCUACGGACGAGGUGGCCCGAAACCAGCUGUUUGAGAGGGUUCUGAAAGUCCACAACAGAGACGGCCUCAUCAGCUGCUCCAUCAGGGCCACCACGGUAGAGGACAUGGAGGCGCGGCUGGACUGCGGUUUGGUCAAAGGUCACGCCUACGCUGUGACGGACGUGCGGAAAGUGCGUCUCGGCCACGGACUGCUGGCCUUCUUCAAGUCGGAGAAGCUGCACAUGAUCCGCAUGAGGAACCCCUGGGGAGAGAAGGAGUGGAGCGGCCCUUGGAGCGACAGUUCUGAGGAGUGGAAUAAGGUGAGCAAGAGUGAGAGGGAGAAGUUGGGCGUCACGGUGCAGGAUGACGGCGAGUUCUGGAUGACGUUCGACGACUUCUGCCAGUACUUCACCGACCUGAUCCUGUGCCGCCUUAUCAACACCUCCUACCUGAGCAUCCAUAAGACCUGGGAGGAGGAGGUGAUGAGAGGCUCCUGGGUCCACCGCCAGGAUCCCUUACGCAACAGAUCCGGAGGCUGCAUCAAUCACAAGGCCACCUUCCUGCAGAACCCUCAGUAUGUGUUUGAUGUGAAGAAGGUGGAGGACGAGGUGCUGAUCUGCUUGCAGCAAAAAGAAAAGAGAGCCACACCCAAAGAGGGCAAAUCAGAAAACCUUGCUAUAGGCUUCGACAUUCACCGGGUAGAGCUAAAUCGGAAGUACCGUAUGCACUCAGCCCAGCAGAAAGUAGCGGGCUCCAUUUACAUCAACUCGCGCUGCGUCUUCCUCAGGAAGGAGCUGAAGGAGGGCCGCUAUGUCAUCAUUCCCACAACCUUUGACCCGGGGCAGCAGGGCGACUUCCUGCUCCGAGUCUUCACUGAUGUGCCUUCAGAUUGCAAAGAGCUGACUUUGGACGAGCCUCCUCAGACAUGUUGGACGGGGAUGUGUGGCUACCCUCAGCUGGUCACUCAGGUCCAUGUACUGAACGCUGAGGGUCUGCAGGGACAGGACUCCAAUGGAGAGCUGCACUACCUCAAUCCCAAAAAGAACAGACUCCUGAACAAAGCACAAGCUGUAGAUCCGUACGUGAUCAUCACCUGUGAAGGAGAAAGGGUUCGUUCACCAGUUCAAAAGGACACGCGGUGCCCAAACUUCGACAUCAAAGGCCUGUUUUACCGCAAGAAACCCAAGGAGGGCAUCCACGUGGAGAUCUACAACAAAAACAUGAUCGUGGACACCUUCCUGGGUCAGGUGAUCUUGUUCAGCGACCCCAACGAGCGGCAGGAGCAGCACACCCUGCACCUGCGCGACAAGGGAAGCCGGCAGGACAACGACCUCCCGGGCACGCUCACUGUGCGCCUCAUCACCUCCACCAUGCUCACCAACAUCUGACGCCACCCUGCGUGCGGCCGUAAAGAUCGACGCGCGAGGUGGCGUUCGAACCAGUGCCCGCAUCUCAUCGUCUUCACCACCCUCUGCUCUCUCUCUCUCUGCGCGUCUCGUUUCCUGUUUACCUGCUAUUUCCUCCUUCUUCUUCUUCUUCUUUUUUUUUUGGUCCAUAGACAAUAUUUAGUGUUUGCGUAGACGGCCUUUGAACACGUUCUUCACUUCCUUCUUAUAAUUGGCUCUGUCGCAAGUUUUUGUUGCCGGAAUCUCCAUCAGCCGUUCAAGAAAAAGACACUUUCAACCCUAAAAAAAGUUUGAUCGAAUCUGUUCCGACCUUAAACUACAAACACGAACUCGUACACGUGCACAUAGAGUACAUAUUGCAGACGUUUCUGCACCCUUCAUGCAUGUGCCAAUGUUUCCAAGGGCUAUGCAUUGCCUUAAGGCUGAGUCUGUCUCUCCGACCUCGAAGAGACGGCGGGUUCAUGUUCAACACUAGUGUCUCUGCAUCAGCCGUCCUCGGUACUAGCACCGCCUCCACUUUCGGUUUCUCAAAGCCUGCAUCGCAGCCUGCUUUCCGCCAUCGUUUUCCCGCCUCCGCGUCGACAUCACGUGUGCUCUUUUUCCAUCGGUGGAUGAUCCCUCCCGCCCGGUCAGUCGGCGCCACCCGAGACACCUCAAGUCUUCAGCAGUUUGCCGGUGCUUUCGGAGAGAGCAUGCAGCAGCACUGUCUGUCACUUUUUACUGUGGACGUUACAAACGAAAAAGCCAACAGCAGCUAUUCUCUCCCUCCACUGAGAGCUUUCCCGUGUCCGUCCUGCGAGAGUGCGCCCGUGUGUGAAGUCUUUACCUCCCGUCUUCCGUCACCAUUCGAAAAACCUCCCUUAGACGCUCGCCGCCGGUUGCUAUGGACGAUCUCUUAAAUUGCAUGGCUUAAAGAAAAAUGAAACUCUGCCUGUGCUGCACAUCUCUCCCGUCGUAGCUUAGCAGCCGGUGCUUCUGAUAGUGCUACCCAUCCUCCUUUUUUUUUUUUUUUUUAUCCGUCCAUAUGUGUACACCCUCCCCAGCCCAGCGGAUUACAACGAUUCACCCUGACAUAAAUCAAGUGCUUUAUGGGACCAAAGAGGAGCCAGGCCCUCCGCUCUCUUAGUCCCUUUCAGACCGGCCUGACCUGGCCCGGCCCGGCCCGGCCCGGCCCAAGCCUAGCUACAAACCACCCCCUGUGCCACAUCAUUAUCUUAAUGGCAACACCACUGCCUGACGCUUCCUCUGACUUGAGUCUGCCGGCCCAGGCCGAAGACUCGCGCCACGUGAUCAGAUAAAAAGACAGCAGCUGUGGGACGGGGGAACAGGCGUGUGUGUGUGUGUGUUUGUGUGAACGUUCGAUUGUGUGUGUGUGUGUGCGUGUCCCGCUAGUUUCGGCAUGGCUCCAAGUGGGAGUAUGUAAGAGAGCUUGGGUGUGUGUGUCAAUCCACGUUGUAUCUGCAAGAAAAAUGAUCUCCGAGAGAAGGUGUGAACAGAAAAAGGGCCCUUUAGGGGAAAACACACCUUGCACUUUACUCAGUUUUGUGAAGUAAAACAAAAAAAAGAAAAAAAAAGACCCUCGAGGAUGAGAAAACAAAAAAGGGAACGCUAACGGAGGAGACGUCCUGCCAAACAACCUGUGCCAUCGCCUUGGUCCUGGCUUCCACAGCAGGAAAACAACACGAACGAACUUUUGAUUUCAGAUGGUUUUGAAAAUCAAACCAACAUUGGUACAAUAUAAUCUACAGUAUUUCUGAUGAACCAUUUCUCGCGUAAAUCGUGUGGCCAUCUGUUCUUUGUUUUUAAUUUUAAUUUUAUUUGUGACAGAGAAUUCUCGUUUGUGUUUAUUCAGAAGUGCAAUCUUAGGUUUUACAAAUUUUCUAGUUUUAUCUUCCUUUUCCUUGUGUUUCAUGAAGAGAUUUUAAAACGUGAGCCGCUAUUAUUAUCAAGACGUUUCCUUUGAAUGUAACCGCUAGAGGACGAAUCUCAGACAAACUAUCGAGUCCGUUUUUUCCUGAUUUAUUUAUUUAUUAAUUUUUUUUCUCAGCGCCUUUGUUUCAUUACUUGAACUGUCGCACACGACGUUUAAUUGGUCACACAUCUUUGUGUACAGCAUCUUUAUAAAUGUGUCUUGCAUGGGUUAUUUUUCAAUAUGUUCAUGGCCUUGUAUUGUACUGUUAAAUUGUUACUAUAUAUACCUAUUCUUUCUAUCUCAAAAGUCUUGGAAAUGCUAGUUUUGAGCAGUCAGCAUGUCUACACUAAUGCACCUCAUGUCAGUCUGAUCAUAUCAAUCGGUUUGAAACAGUUAUGUCUUGUAUUACAGUGAUGCAUUCAUAAGGCCUCUAGCAUCAGUGAACUUUAGCAGCAGUCGACUACUAUUUAGGUGCUAUUUAUCUUCUCUCUGUGCUCUUUUGUUGUUUUCAGUCUCACGGGAAGUGAGUUAAGUGACGUUAAGGCUGGAUCUGACACAUAUUAGCUCGGUGUUAGACUGUCUAGUGCCAAGCUGAGGCGUGAUGAGUUGCUGGUGUAUUUACGGACCAUGCAGGAAAAAGAAAGAAGCCUGUUGUUGACACUCGUUGAAGUGCGCUGAAAUUAGGAAUCUCUUUGUGACUCCCUUCACGUCAAUACUGUGAAUAUGUUCAAAAUCAAAUAGCUGAAGGGUUUAAAGCAGGAGGUUAUUAGUGCCAAAAGUGUUGGUCGCUACAUGGAUGUAGUGAUUUGGAGUUGUGGAGCUUUCGAUUUUUAAAAAAUAAAAUAUCUGGUAAUCUUUGGCUAAAACAUACUUCUGUUCUGAAGGUGUAAAGACUCAAGCCUGUUUCCCAAACCAAAGGCUGCAAAUGACGCUUCCAUAUACACCAAUCAGCCAUAACAUUAAAACCACCGAGAGUUGAAGUGGAACACAGUCGGUCAUCUCGUUACGAUGCGAUGUUCUGCAGGGAAACCUUUGGUCCUGGCAUACAUGUAGAUGUUACUUCUUGACUUUAGUCUCUCUUACCCCAUAGCAACGACACUCUUCGACGGCAGCAGCCAUACUUAACAGGACAAUAUGACCUAACGGGACAAAAACUGCUUAAGACAACUCAAAAAAACAUAGAAAAAUGUCAAAGGUCUAACCAAUCGAGUGUCUACCAGAUGUGCUGCAACAAAACAGAUCUCCCACACAGUAUUAGGCUGGUGGUCUUAAUGUUGUGGCUAGGUGUUGUAUAUUGAAGGUUUAUAAACGAAAAGAAUUGUAUUAACAUUACUUUUUAUUGUAAAUUAUCCAACAAAACUGCUGAAGAGGUUGUUUCUGACCGUCCUUCCAUAAAGCAGUAGGAAAGAAAAGAGUUAGAAGAGACUUAGAGGAUUCACAAAUCUUUGCUCACCUUUGUGACUUGAAUAUAAUGUAAAUCCAGUAUAUGAAAGGCAGAAAUUGGAGUGACACUGGCAUUAACUAGACAAACAUCACCCUGCAUCCUAAUUACCGCAGAAACCGAUCAAUUGUCAGGGACCCGAUUUGUCCACAAUGUCUUUUGUACCCUCCAGUCUUCAGCUUGUUUACCAUAGGUGGACACAAAAUGCAUCACUUAAUUUUUUAUUGUUGUAGCCCAACAAUCCUCCAUUAACAAUGCACAAUUCUUAAGGAUUAAACAGAUGUCUCUAUUGUAAGAAAGGCAGUCGACUAGCUAAGCAGUAGCUAGCAAGCUGGUAGCUAAUACCAAAAAAAGACUGCAAACUAAACUGGGGGUUCAUAAAUACUGCAAUAAAUACUACAAAUUAUUAUACUAUUAGUAAUAACUGUUGAUUGGACCUAAUAAAACCCAAACUAUAAUGUGAUAUAAUCCAUAAUAUCAUAUUACAAAGAGAGUACAUUAAUGUUGACGGUGGCUCUGUGGUACAUUCAUGAAUAACAAUAUGAAAUGCCAUUAUGGUACCUGUAGAACAGUUCAUUAUUAGCCAUGUAAGUGUGUGUGAUAUAAUUCUAGUUUUAUCUACAUGUAGAAAACAAAAAAAAUGUGACAUAGCCCCAAAUAUGAAGUUUGAAGUGUUGAUUAUAAGUGACCUAACGUAUAGAGUAGCUGAUAUUAUUCUAAUAAGUAAGUAGCUAUUAAAAUAGUAUUUGACAGAUGUUUCUUAUACAUGAUUUUGAGCUCUGUGAGUGGUUGGAGUACAAACAGUUAGAGUUUUAUAUUUAGUUGAAUUGUACAGCGUUAAUGAAUACCCUGAUGCUAUAUUCGUCCUUUAUAGAAAUUAUAUAAUCCUCUAAUCUAAUUAACCUCAGUUCAGCGGCCAGUUUUCCAACAUAGUAGAUUUUCCGACUUGUCUCAUAAUGAAUAGACUCAUUUGUAAUUGAUGUAGUUGUGGCUUAACCCUGUAUAUUGGCAAAAUAAUUCUCUUUUUUUAUUCAUUUCAGGCACUUAAACAGUUCUUUUUCACCAUGCUAAACAGGAUGCUAAUGUCAGAUUUGGUCAUAAAUUAGUCAGCCCCCAAUUUAGAUAAGCACUGAAAUAGUCUAAUCGUACAUUUGGUUGGUCGGCAUGACAUUUUAAAUGGAUGUUCAUGUCCCCCUGACAUUUAAAGUCCUACCAGUAACUAACCAGAUAAUCUGCCAUGUGUCUGAUCACGUUCCCCUCAGGGUGAAUUGUAAUAUUUUUUUAUUUACUUCCAUUGUCAGACAAAAACUUAAAUUAGUUUGUUUACAAUCAAAAUUCAAGGCGGCAUCAAUCUCAGCCAAACAGUAGGUUAAUUAACAUAAACACUAUUAGCAUGUUAGCGUAUGAUAAAUGCCUGCUAAACAUCAAAAUGUUGCCAUGCUACCAUUAGCAUUUAGCUAGUGUAGCUGCACACUUUUUUUUUUUAGUAUAUACUAUAUGUAAAUGAAUGUAUUAAUGUCCUAAAAAUCAAUUAUAAAGUAUAAAAUAUUUGUUUACUGGAGUGUAAAGAGAGAAAAGUGGUAGCAAGUGAGUGUUAUUCAUGAAUGUGCCACGUUACGUGAUAACACAAGCUUUCAGAAAUGUGAGGUUUCAGGCUCUGAACAGCGACAACUUGUGUUAUUUAUUAUGACUGAAAUCUAAUCUAAACCUGAGCUAACUCACAGUCAGACACACGGGAGUGAGUGAGUCCCGGUAGUAACGUAAUCACAAGAGUAAGGAGCCAAAAUAACAGCGUGUCAAACUCAACGAGUGAGUCAUGCGUCUUCUGCUCAUGUGCCAAAAACACAAAAUGGUCUAUUGAGAACUGAUGCAUUGUGGGUGACGAAGUGUGAGUUAAAAAAGAAAAGAAAAAAAAAUAGAGAGAGAGACAUUGGACAAAUGUUUUGUUCUCUACUUCACAGCCUCUUUAGUUUUUGUCCUUGUCAUGGAGCGAGUGUUACGCCGUUGCUAUGGUUACUCAAUGUAAUCGUUGCACAUUGUUGGAUCCUUUCGCCAAAAGUGUUAUGGCUUUCACUGUUAACCACCACACAGAAACACACACAAACCAAACUCCAGAUACCGGACUACUGACCAGACUGGGUCGGAGUUAGUUUUUUUUUUAUAUAUAUAUAUAUAUAUAUUAUUAUUAUUAUGUUUGGACCUUGACUGGCCUUUUUGACAGAGGCCGUACAAGCUAAUCAGUCUUCUGUGUAUAUACCGUCCGCAUGGCCUCGCCAAAGCAAGGUUUGAAGAACCCAUUGGGAUGACACUGAACUUCUCACGACGGUGGUGACUUUUGUACGAAUCCAAAAAUGCCAGUGCAUGUAGCAAAAAUCGCUUCGGAUCUGCUCGCACCAUUACGAAUCACAGAAUAUAUAUUUUUUGGUUCUCGGAGUGUCGUUUAAAAAAAAAAACAAAAAAACAAAACAUAAUCCGCCGUUGCUACUUUGAUAAACAUACUGUGUGAAGUAAAAGGCUUCUGUUGCACACUUGCAUGCAUCCAAGCAGUAUCCGGUUUUCUAAUAUUUUGUAUUCAGUAACCUGCAGUAUACAGUAUGUAUAUAAAAGUAGCACCAACUCGACUUAUCGGUUAUUAUGAGGGGAUCCAUGUUUAUGAUGGAUGUUUAUAUCCUGGACAUUGAUUUUAAUAGGAGACAGUUUCUUGUCCACUACCUCUAGUGAUCAGCAAGAAUACUAAGAGGAAUCAAGUGAAGCCUUUCAUCGUUUUCCUACCUCUUUCAUAUCUUGUGUGAAUUAGUUACAGAUUCUGAUUAUUUCUCUCACUGAAGUGGUGACUCACACUUUUUAGAGAUUUGGGGGGUAAUAGUCAUCUGUCACGUUUGUACCAGCAGACACUUAGCUUAGCAUGAAGACAAGAAGCAGGUGGUUUUAUGGUACGGACGCACCAAACUGACACCAAAAAAACUAGCUGCAACAUGAUCCUUUGGCUAUAGCAUUGAAUUAAACUGUUGCAUUUGAAUGCACCAGAUAGGACGCACUGUCUUCACACCAGCAGGUGGCAGUAUUCAUCAUUCAUAAGCAGGAAGAUACUGUUAGCUGGGAGGCUAGGAAGAGCUGUAAACUAGGGGUGGGCGAUACUGGGAAUUUUGGUAUUGAUCCGAUAUCAAGUAAAUACAGGGCUAGUAUCACCGAUAUCAAUACUUUUUACUUGAUAAUAUAUAAAUACAGGACAAAUAUUUAGGCAAAUAAACCUAUUUUUUUCUUAAUCAAUUACAAUAUGAAGCAAUUUAACAGUAUAAAAUUUAAACAAUUUAAACUCCUUUUCCUUUUAACAAUUGUUUUA